CAGGGCUGCUCCCUAAGUCUCAUGUAAACACACAUGAAGCAGCCUCACCCUUCCCACCUCCUUGAUUGGUAAAGCCAGGUAGUCUAGAGCCAGAGCCAGGGCAGGUGGCAGGAAGGCAGGUCUGGGACUUGACAGGCAGCACCUCCCAGGCCUCUGGUACAGAAUGUGGCCUCUGGGAGCCCUAGGUGGGGGCUGACCACAGCAUAGGCAGGGCUAGACUCCCCCGAGGCUGCAGCAGUUGGUUUCUGGUGGAGAGUGCCACCAGCACUAAUGAAGAAGACACCCUUCACAGAGCCCGGCACACAGUAGGGACAAGGACUCAGAGUGGGACCAGUUCUGAAUCUGUUCUUUUUUGGAAACAACAAGUUUUCUUCCUGGCACAGCCUGUUGCUCGUCUGGAAAAGGGGUAGGCGUGGGCUGCGGGGUGGGGGUCAGGCUGUGUGUGGGAACCAGCAAGCUCCUCCAAGAGCAGCACUUAUUUUUAGUCUUCUCCCCAGUCCCAAAUAAACUGAGAGCAGCUGGGAGCCCUGGGUAAACGCUGAGUGAAGCAGAGACAGGAAAUCGGGGCUCUCGGUAAUGAGUUCCAGCCACUCCAGAAGGGGGAAGCCAGACAAGGAAUUUUCUUCAGGACUGGUUCCCUCUGGCAGGCUCUGGUAUUAUCACUGAGAAGAACAUUCCCGUGUGUGUGCCUGUGUGUUGUGUUUACAACCCCUGUCCAAGUCUUUUUUUUCCCCUACAUUUUUAUUAGGUUUGAGUGCUCCGUAGGGCUCUGCAUCCCAGUCCCCCCAGGGUGUGUGUGUGUGUGCACGCGCCUGUGGGGGUCGUGGGGGAGGACCCUGGCACGGCACAGUCUGGGCUGAGUCCUUGUGUAUCUGAAACUGUCUAGGGAAAGACUGAAGGACGCAGGCCAGAGAAGUGGGGAAAUUUGAACACAGCUUGGUGUUCCCGAGGGGGGAGGGGACAGAGGCAAGGAAGAGGCGAGAACUUGGUCUCCAGCCAGAAAAAGGGCUUUUUCAACCAAGGAAUCUAACUGCUGACAUGGGUGCCCAGCAUGGAUGGGGACAUUGAUGUUUACAAGCAUUUCUCGUGGCUGAAGAGGUCCCAGGUAAAUCACCACAGUGCUGCUAACAAUGAAACCUACCAGGAACGCUUGGCACGUCUAGAAGGAGAUAAGGAGUCCCUCAUAUUACAGGUGAGUGUGCUCACAGAUCAAGUGGAAGCCCAGGGAGAGAAGAUUCGGGACCUGGAAGUGUGUCUGGAAGGACACCAGGUGAAACUCAAUGCUGCUGAGGAGAUGCUCCAGCAGGAGCUGCUAAGUCGCACCUCUCUUGAGACCCAGAAGCUUGAUCUGAUGACUGAAGUGUCUGAGCUGAAGCUCAAGCUGGUUGGCAUGGAGAAGGAGCAGAGAGAGCAGGAAGAGAAGCAGAGAAAAGCAGAGUCGGUUCUGAAUGUGAUCAGUGAGCUGCAGGAGCAAAUGUGUAGGCUGCAGCUGGACAUCCACAGGCAGAUUCAAGAGCGUCUGUUACUCAGUAGGGAGCACCCUGAGGAGAUGGCGGCGGGCAAUGAUGUGGCCGAGGCCCAGCCCUGCAGCCAGGACUGUGCCCGUUGGGAGGGGUCACCUGAGUUAUUGCAAGAGCUUAGGCACCUCAAAAUCAAAGUGGAAGAGUUGGAAAAUGAACGGAAUCAGUAUGAGUGGAAGCUAAAGGCCACUAAGGCUGAGGUAGCCCAGCUUCAAGAGCAGGUGGCCCUGAAAGAUGCAGAAAUCGAGCGUCUGCACAGCCAGCUCUCUCGGACUGCAGUUCUCCAUGGUGACCAGGCAGAAAGAGACCAAGAAAUUCAACGUCUGAAAAAGGGGAUGGAAACUCUGCUUGUUGCCAAUGAAGAUAAGGACCGUCGCAUAGAGGAGCUUACUGGGCUGUUAAACCAGUACCGAAGAGUGAAGGAGAUUGUGAUGACAACUCAAGGGCCUUCCGAGAAAACGCUCUCAAUCAAUGAAGAAGAACUGGAGGGAAGUUUCAGGAAGUGGAACACCACAAAUAAAGGCCCUGAAGAUUUAUUUAAACAAGAGAUGCCUCCAAGGUGUAGCUCUCCCACACUGGGGCCCCCUCCACUGCCACAGAAGUCACUGGAAACCAGAGCUCAGAAAAAACUCUCCUGUAGUCUAGAAGACUUGAGAAGUGAAGCUGUGGAUAAGUGUGUCAAUGGGAACCAGAUCUCCCCGGUAAUAGAACCCAAGGAUGGCUCUUUCCUGGUGGACCACAAAUACCCCACAUUACCUGGGAAGCUUUCAGGGGCUAUACCCAAUGGAGAGGCUGCCCUAUCUCCCACUGCUGGCAAGCCAGAUGCCACAGGGAGCAGCUUGCAGAGGCUGAAUCGUGGCCGGAGUGUCAGUGCCCCUGUAUUAGGUACUGUACCAGUUCCAGGAGACACAGAAAGUGCUUGGGAUGACAUUGCCAUGGCAAAUGACCUCUCUUCCACAUCAUCUGGCACCGAAUCAAGUCCCCAGUCUCCCCUGACACCAGAUGGUAAAAGGAGUCCCAAAGGCAUCAAGAAGUUCUGGGGAAAAAUUCGAAGAACUCAGUCAGGAAAUUUCAACACUGAUGCACCAGGGAUGGCGGAGUUUCGAAGAGGUGGGCUCCGGGCAACUGCAGGACCAAGACUGUCUAGGACCAGAGACGCCAAGGGACAGAAAAAUGACGCCAACGCCCCCUUUGCCCAGUGGAGCACAGAGCGUGUGUGUGCGUGGCUGGAGGACUUUGGCCUGGCUCAGUACGUGAUCUUUGCCAGGCAGUGGGUAUCUUCUGGCCACACAUUAUUGACAGCUACCCCUCAGGACAUGGAAAAGGAGCUGGGAAUUAAGCACCCUCUUCACAGGAAGAAGCUGAUUUUGGCAGUGAAAGCCAUCAAUGCCAAGCAGGAAGAGAAGUCUGCACUGCUAGACCACAUUUGGGUGACACGGUGGCUUGAUGAUAUUGGCUUACCCCAAUACAAAGACCAAUUUCAUGAAUCCAGAGUUGAUGGGCGAAUGCUACAAUACCUAACUGUGAAUGAUUUACUCUUCUUAAAAGUUACCAGCCAACUACAUCAUCUCAGCAUCAAAUGUGCCAUUCACGUGCUGCAUGUCAACAAGUUCAACCCCCACUGCCUGCACAGGCGGCCAGCUGAUGAGAGUAACCUUUCUCCUUCAGAAGUUGUGCAGUGGUCCAACCACAGGGUGAUGGAGUGGUUGCGAUCAGUGGACCUGGCAGAGUACGCACCCAACCUUCGAGGGAGUGGCGUCCACGGAGGUCUCAUUAUCCUGGAGCCACGCUUCACUGGGGACACCCUGGCUAUGCUGCUCAAUAUCCCACCACAGAAGACUCUCCUCAGGCGCCACCUGACCACCAAAUUCAAUGCUCUGAUUGGUCCUGAGGCAGAACAAGAAAAGCGAGAGAAAAUGACCUCACCAACUUACACACCACUGACCACCACAGCCAAAGUCCGGCCAAGGAAACUAGGAUUUUCACAUUUUGGAAACAUAAGAAAAAAGAAAUUUGAUGAAUCGACAGACUACAUUUGCCCAAUGGAGCCCAGUGACGGUGUUGGCGACAGUCACAAGGUCUACAGUGGCUAUCGGGGCCUCAGCCCUCUUGAUGCCCCUGAACUGGAUGGGCUGGACCAGAUGGCACCUUCAGAAGGCACCGUGACGCAGAUAGGGCUCCUCUCCCAAGACAUCCACCGCCUUACGACCAUGCUGAGCCAGGACCAGCUGCUGAACGACUCCCGUCUGGCUGCUCCCAAUACUGAUGACUGGAGAUGACUUUCUUCAUGGCCAAAAGCCCAGAGAGACACGUGUCAGGGCCCCUAGCCUUUGCUUCAUUGGGAAGCUGGCAUACAACCAGCUGCAGAGCCUGGUCAGGAUUGCCAGGGUGUCUCGCACAGGGUGCUGGCAGGAACACAGCAGGGCUGUGGGACAGAUGUCCAGGAGGUGGCUCUAGUGUCCCUGUGUGUUUACAACCAUGCCGUGCUCUUCGCUGCAGCUUUUAUACCUUUUGUACUUUUAUACAUGGACUGCUGACCACAUUUGUGGGAAAAGCAUUGAGACAUGAGUGCAGACUCAAGGGUACAUGCAUUCCUGGUUAUAGCCUGGAGGCUCUUAACACCAAACAGGAAGAGCUGUUUGUUCAUAAAACUG